UCUCCAGCUCCAGGCUCUGCGACCUUCCUCUUGCUCCGCUCCGUGAUGGCCCGCAUUGCCUCCCUCUCUGCCCGCGCUCCGCAGCAACUCAGAGUCGCACCGCUGCUGCUGCUGCUGCUCCUGCUGACCAGGAGCCAAUGCACUGCAGGGGCGCCCUUGGCUAGUGAACUGCGCUGCCAGUGCCUGCAAACCCUGCAAGGGAUUCACCCGAAGAAUAUUCAAAGCGUGAAGGUGACGGUCGCCGGACCCCACUGCGCCCAAACCGAAGUCGUAGCCACUCUCAAGAAUGGACAGCAAGUUUGUCUCAACCCUGAAGCCCCCAUAGUGAAGAAAAUCAUCCAGAAGCUGUUGAACAAAGACAACAGCAAUUGAUUUGGAAAAUUCUCUGCUUCUGUUCAUCCUCUGAAGAAAGAUCAAAGUGAAGAGAGAGAGAAGCAAGCUCUGUCUGGAGAUAGCUAAACCAUCGGUGUCUGAUGUGUUUAUUUAUGAGAGCUUUUCUGUUUAUUUAUAUCUGUAUUUAUUUAUUUAAUUGAUGUUUCUGGAGUCCUAUUUAUUGUGCUAUUUAAAGACAUGAAUGUGUUUGGUGAUACACUGUAGGGCUUGAUAUCUGUCAUAGAUGGUCAUUUCUUUUUUGAAAUGCUCAAUCAGGUAUUUCAGUCCUGAAGGAGGGUGAUGUUUAAUUGGAGGGUGAUGGAUUUUUAUUUUACUUGUUAUUUCUUUGGAAGUGAUGGAUGUAAGAUGUUGUUAGUUUGUUAAGUUUUGGAGGGGAGGGUUGGGCAGUAGACUGUGGUAAGCCCCUGUGGUGAACACUGAAGAUCAGUAGGGAAAGAGCCAGAUGCAUGUAGUCAGAUCACUGUCAAGCUAACGGGAAGUGUGUAUGUGUGUGUGUGUGUGUGUACACUAUUUUUUUGAUAACUGUUUAGGAGAAUGUCAGCUGCCACUUAUUGUAAUACUUUCCCAGUAUGUGGUCAGCGAUUCUGAUGCUGCACUUUUAAGAAUUCUGAUGUUCGAUUUAUCCCUUGGACAUUUUAUGUCUUCUUUGUAAGGCACAAUGCCUUCUAUAGCAAUAAUAACACAAUGUCCUCCAUGUCUUGGAGUUGAGAUAUUUAUUUAUUAAUGUAUUAUUUUGAAUAAUGUAAAAAUAAAGCUGUUCACAAAAUAAACAUA